AUGGAUAGAAUACAACAUAAGAUAUUGGUGUUGUCCGGUAAGGGAGGAGUCGGAAAGAGUACGAUUGCUACAAACUUGGCAAUGUACCUAGCACAUAUUGGUAAGAGAGUUGGAUUGCUUGAUGUAGACUUGUGCGGCCCUUCUGUACCAAAGAUGCUUGGAUUGGACUCAAAAGAAGUACACAAGAGUUCAGCAGGUUGGAUACCUGUGUACACGGACAGCACUCAGAAACUAGGUGUUAUCUCUAUACAGUUCCUACUAGGUGACAGAGACGCACCUGUUAUAUGGCGUGGACCAAAGAAGAACUCAAUGAUAAAGCAGUUCAUACAGGAUGUUUGCUGGGGCGACUUGGACUACCUGAUUGUAGACACACCACCAGGCACUUCAGACGAGCAUAUAUCAGUGACUGAGGAGUUGUUAAAGUAUAACCCAGAUGGUGCGGUACUAGUCACUACACCACAAGGUGUAUCAAUCUCUGAUGUGCGCAAGGAGAUCAGCUUCUGUCAGAAGAUAGGACUGCCCAUCAUUGGUAUCGUGGAGAACAUGAGUGGUUACGAAUGUACAAAUAUAUUUUCAUCUGAAGGAGGCAGAUUGCUGGCAGAGCAGUGCUCACUGCCAUUCUUGGGCAAGCUGCCCAUCGAUCCACUGCUGACUACAUGCUCUGAGAAGGGAAUGAACUACUUUGUCGAGUAUCCAAACUCGUCCACACUGGUCGCACUCAAACAGUUGGCAGAAGGACUUGAAUCACACGCCACAUCCUCAACUACGACAUCAACGACGACAACACAACCAGCGAUUGCGACAUCUGAUUGA